AACGGAGCGCUUUUAUGCUCAGUGACUCGGGCGCUUUGCUUCAGGUCCCGUAGUCCGAAGAUCUGGGACCAGUAGCUCACGUUGCUGGAGACGUUAAGGGAUUUUUCGCCGUGUUUUAAUUUUUUUUUUCCCGGGGGAGUUUGCUUAUUUGUUUCUUUUCACACUGGCCUUAAAGAGGAUAUAUUAGAAGUUGAAGUAGGAAGGGAGCCAGGGAGGCCGAUGGCGCAAAGGUACGACGACCUACCCCAUUAUGGGGGCAUGGAUGGAGUAGGCAUCCCCUCCACAAUGUAUGGGGACCCGCAUGCGGCCAGGUCCAUGCAGCCGGUCCACCACCUGAACCACGGGCCUCCUCUGCACUCGCAUCAGUACCCGCACACAGCUCACACCAACGCCAUGGCCCCCAGCAUGGGUUCCUCUGUCAAUGACGCUUUAAAGAGAGAUAAAGAUGCCAUUUAUGGACACCCCCUCUUCCCUCUCUUAGCACUGAUUUUUGAGAAAUGUGAAUUAGCUACUUGUACCCCCCGAGAGCCGGGGGUGGCAGGCGGGGACGUCUGCUCGUCAGAGUCAUUCAAUGAAGAUAUAGCCGUGUUCGCCAAACAGAUUCGCGCAGAAAAACCUCUAUUUUCUUCUAAUCCAGAACUGGAUAACUUGAUGAUUCAAGCCAUACAAGUAUUAAGGUUUCAUCUGUUGGAAUUAGAGAAGGUACACGAAUUAUGUGACAAUUUCUGCCACCGGUAUAUUAGCUGUUUGAAAGGGAAAAUGCCUAUCGAUUUGGUGAUAGACGAUAGAGAAGGAGGAUCAAAAUCAGACAGUGAAGAUAUAACAAGAUCAGCAAAUCUAACCGAUCAGCCCUCUUGGAACAGAGAUCACGAUGACACAGCAUCCACUCGUUCAGGAGGAACCCCGGGCCCUUCCAGCGGUGGCCACACCUCACACAGUGGGGACAACAGCAGUGAGCAAGGUGAUGGCUUGGACAACAGUGUAGCUUCCCCCAGCACAGGUGACGAUGAUGAUCCAGAUAAGGACAAAAAGCGUCACAAAAAGCGUGGCAUCUUUCCCAAAGUAGCCACAAAUAUCAUGAGGGCGUGGCUGUUCCAGCAUCUCACACACCCUUACCCUUCUGAAGAACAGAAAAAGCAGUUGGCACAAGACACGGGACUCACCAUCCUUCAAGUGAACAAUUGGUUUAUUAACGCCCGGAGAAGAAUAGUGCAGCCCAUGAUAGACCAGUCCAACCGAGCAGUAAGUCAAGGAACACCUUAUAACCCCGAUGGACAGCCAAUGGGAGGCUUCGUAAUGGACGGUCAGCAACACAUGGGAAUCAGGGCACCAGGGCUGCAAAGUAUGCCAGGGGAGUAUGUAGCUCGGGGUGGUCCACUGGGUGUGAGUAUGGGACAGCCAAGUUAUGCCCCACCCCAGAUGCGCCCCCAUCCUGCUCAGCUGCGUCCUGGGCCCCCCAUGCACACGUACAUUCCUGGACACCCUCACCACCCAACAGUGAUGAUGCAUGGAGGACCGCCCCACCCUGGAAUGCCAAUGUCAGCAUCAAGCCCCACGGUUCUUAAUACAGGAGACCCAACAAUGAGUGGACAAGUCAUGGACAUUCACGCUCAGUAGCUUAAGGGAAUAUGCAUUGUCUGCAAUGGUGACUGAUUCCAAAUCAUGUUUUUUCUGCAAUGACUGUGGAGUUCCAUUCUUGGCAUCUACUUUGGACCAAGGAGCAUCCCUAAUUCUUCAUAGGGACUCUUAAAAAGCAGGAAAUACCAACCGAAGUCAAUUUGGGGGACAUGCUAAAUAACUAUAUAAGACAUUAAGAGAACAAAGAGUGAAAUAUUGUAAAUGCUAUUAUACUGUUAUCCAUAUUACGUUGUUUCUUAUAGAUUUUUUAAAAAAAAUGUGAAAUUUUUCCACACUAUGUGUGUUGUUUCCAUAGCUCUUCACUUCCUCCAGAAGCCUCCUUACAUUAAAAAGCCUUACAGUUAUCCUGCAAGGGACAGGAAGGUCUGAUUUGCAGGAUUUUUAGAGCAUUAAAAUAACUAUCAGGCAGAAGAAUCUUUCUUCUUGCCUAGGAUUUCAGCCAUGCGCGCGCUCUCUCUCUCUCUGUCUCUCUCUCUCUCUUUCUCUCUUUUCCUCUCUCUAGCCUGGGGCUUGAAUUUGCAUGUCUAAUUCAUUUACUCACCAUAUUUGAAUUGGCCUGAACAGAUGUAAAUCGGGAAGGAUGGGAAAAACUGCAGUCAUCAACAAGGAUUAAUCAGCUGUUGCAGGCAGUGUCUUAAGGAGACUGGCAGGAGGAGGCAUGGAAACCGAAGGCCGUGUGUUUAGAAGCCUAAUUGUCACAUCAAGCAUCAUUGUCCCCAUGCAACAACCACCACCUUAUACAUCACUUCCUGUUUUAUGCAGCUCAAAAACAUAGACUGAAGAUUUAUUUUUAAUAUGUUGACUUUAUUUCUGAGCAAAGCAUCGGUCAUGUGUGUAUUUUUCCAUAGUCCCACCUUGGAGCAUUUAUGUAGACAUUGUAAAUAAAUUUUGUGCAAAAAGGACUGGAAAAAUGAACUGUAUUAUUGCAAUUUUUUUUUUGUAAAAGUAGCAGUUUGGUAUGAGUUGGCAUGCAUACAAGAUUUACUAAGUGGGAUAAGCUAAUUAUACUUUUUGUUGUGGAUAAACAAAUGCUUGUUGAUAGCCUUUUUCUAUCAAGAAACCAAGGAGCUAAUUAUUAAUAACAAUCAUUGCACACUGAGUCUUAGCGUUUCUGACGGAAACAGUUUGGAUUGUAUAAUAACGCCAAGCCCAGUUGUAGUAACGUUUGAGUGCAGUAAUGAAAUCUGAAUCUAAAAUAAAAACAAGAUUAUUUUUGUCAUGCUGA